AUGGUGGAACUAAUGGUUUCUGCACAUGGCAGUAAAUUCUUUGGAACUGAUAGGUCGACAUUCUAUAAAUAUGCUUUACGAUUGCAUCAAUUACGAGUGUCAGAUAAUAGUACAGAUCGCAAAGUUGUCAUACUGUCUAAAACUAUUUGUCUAAAACUCUUGGGUUUAGACAAGAUUUACAAUCCUCUGC